UCCACGGAAGCUUUGGAAUUCAUGAAGCGGGACCUGGCUGAGUUCACUCACGUGGUGCAGCAUGACACAGCCUGCACGAUCGCUGCCACGGCCAGUGUGGUCAAGGACAAGCUGGCAAGGACAGAAGGUUCCUCAGGUACAACCGAAAAGGUGAGGAAGGGGAUCUCUGACUUCCUGGGUGUCAUCUCGAACACAUUCGCUCCCUCACCGGAUAAGACCAUUGACUGCGAUGUCAUAACAUUGAUGGCGACCCCCUCGGGCACCACUGAGCCCUAUGACAGUGCCAAGGCUCGCCUCUACAGCCUCCAGUCAGACCCAGCCACCUACUGCAACGAACCUGACGGCCCUGCUGAGCUCCUUGAGGCCUGGCUCUCUCAGUUUAACCUGGAGGAGAAAAAAGGGGAGAUCGCGGAGCUGCUGGCAACCAGCCCGUCCAUCCGGGCUCUCUACACCAAAAUGGUCCCUGCGGCUGUUUCCCAUUCGGAAUUCUGGCAGCGCUACUUCUACAAAGUGCAUCGCCUGGAGCAGGAUGAAGCCCGGAGGGAGGCUCUGAAGCAGCGGGCGGAGCAGAGCAUUCACCGAGAGGAGCCGAGCUGGGAAGAGGAUGAAGAGGAGUUCUUGGGGAUGUCACCCCUGCCUUGUGCAAACGUCACAUUGCCAGAAGCAGCAGAGAAAGAAUGUGCCCCUGCAGCCCCGGAGGGAAGGCACCCCACUGCUCACAAGGGACCCUCAGAGGAGAGCUGGGCCGUCCUCCCUCCGGAGCCGGCCCCAGCAGAGGGGAGCCCCUCUGAGAGCAGUGAGAGCAUCUCCCUUGUGACUCAGAUUGCAAACCCUGCUUCUGUGCCCGCUGCACAGCUACAGACUGGAGCUGUACAACCAGCUGGGGCCGGACACCUCUCCCAGGAGCUGGUGGAGGGCACCUCGGAACCCCCAGACCCUGCUCAUCAUUCUGCACCUACCCGGGAAUCAGCAGCAUCCUCAGAGCAACUGGCUGCUACCGAGGUCAAAGAGGUGGAGAGCAAAGCCCAGGCCAGGACAGAGACUCUGAAAGAGGAAGGACCAUCAGAUCUCCGAGUCUUCGAGCUGAAUUCUGACAGUGGGAAAUCCACUCCCUCCAACAAUGGCAAGAAAGGCUCCAGCACUGACAUCAGCGAGGACUGGGAAAAGGACUUUGAUUUGGACAUGACUGAAGAAGAGGUGCAGCUGGCACUCUCGAAGGUGGAAAUGGCUGGGGAGCUGGAAGAUGAAGAGUGGGAAGACUGGGAAUAA